AUGAAACCAGCAAUGGCUAGUUUAACGCACCCUCAGCGUGUACGAUUCCUUUACAAACUAAUUCUUCGUACACAUAGAUCUCUACCAGCCGAGUUUCGAGAGUUGGGGGAUAAGUACGUAAGGGAAGAAUUUAAGCGGCAUAAGAAUUGCGAUCCCUCUUAUGUUGGACCUUUCAUGAUGGAAUGGACCCGAUAUGUCAUGGAUCUAAAUAAGCAAAUUCGGUCGUCAAUGAAAGUAGAUAGCGAGUUGGAAUCUGAUGUAGUACCUCCCAUUGGAAAUUACCUUGGUGAAGAGGAUCUGGACAAGUUUAAUGAUUUUCAACUAAAUCAGCUCCUUGAACUCGCGGAAGAAAUUCAUGGCAAAAAAACUGAUGACGUUAAAAAACAAUGA